AUGAUCGUGAAAGAAGUGAUCGCACCCCGUGAUGGUGAGAGAGGGAUAAGUAGAAAUCGUUACAGAUACGACCUGGAGCCUUUUGGAGUUCGAAUGAAGGGUUUUUGGUCACUCUCUACUGUUGAGAAGCUUUUGAAGGUUACCAUUCCUUCGCUUUCGCAUGAAUCAGAUGGCCUAAUAUUUCAGGGUCGGGACGACCCCUACGUUCCCCGAACCCAUAAAGGUCUUCUGAAGUGGAAAUAUGCGGAAAUGAACUCACUUGACUUUCUGUUCGAGAUGGAUGAGACUGAUGGGCGAAGAAUGCUCUUCUUGCACGAAAAAGGAAAGAAAAAGCUCAUGGAAGGCUAUUCGGUUGAGUUUAGAGAUGAUGACUCGAACCCGGCCACUUACUCCGGAAAGAUUUUAGAGUGUAGGUGGGAUUCAGAGAAGCAAGUUUGGGUUUACAUGCGGAUCAGAAUGGAUAAACCUACACCAAACGAUAUUGAGAUUGCUCGUGAUAAAAAGUAUAACCGACAACAUCACAGAGGAAGUGCUGCUUCAAGAAAUAAGAGACAUCAUUCGUCUCCCAAUGUACGCAGUAGCGCAGACCGUAUAGGAAUUGACAGUCGAGCGGCUGUGACAUAA